AUGGCAAAGUUGCUCAUAGUUAUACUAGUUCUCUCUUUACAUGUUUCUUUAAAUGAGUCACUCUCAAUUCCUUCUCUCAAUCAUUAAGUUCAAAUGAAUUAGAAGCCAAAAAAAAAGCCCGCCAUCGAAUGGAGAAAUACUUCUGAAUUUGAAAAUAAUCCAACUUAUGUUAAAGUUGUGGAAGUAGCCAAAAAUAACUUUUAAAGUUAAUGUAAUAUGAAUAAGACAAUUACCUUUUCAAAAGUACUCUAGGUUGCUAAAAAAAUUGAAUAAGGAUUCCUUUGGUCUGUAAUACUUUUAUUAUUAUAUCUAAGUUAUAAGUUGAGUUUUCAGAUAAAUCAAUUAAAAUCAUAUAGAUAUUUGAAGAUUUAGAUGGAAAUUUAGAAUUUGAUUCAUGUAAAGAUAACAUUUGA